GGGCGUGGGGCUUGAGGGCGCGCGGCUUCCCAAGCUAGUCCUUUUCGCUCCGCCCGCAAAGACCGGUUUCCCCUCCCUCGGUCUGUCCGUCCCACCCUUCUUUCCUCCCGCCCGCGGGCUGCGGACACGCUGCGCCUCUUCUCUUGGGGCGCUCUCCGUCUGCAGAGCGUCGCAUCCCGAGCAACACUGAGGCAGUGACCGUUUGGUGUUGAAUGUACCCCUCGGAGUGCGCAUGGCUGAGAAAGUGAAGCGCGGUGUCGGCCCCAGAGCGUCCGCCAUCCAGGAGGUGGUGAUGCUGCUGCUGUGCUUGGGGAUCCCGAUGGGGAACUCUUACAACGUGGACACCGAGAGCGCUCUGCUCUACAGGGGACCUCCCGGCACCCUGUUCGGCUACUCGGUGGUGCUGCACAGCCAUGGGACCAACAGAUGGCUUGUGGUGGGGGCGCCCACUGACAAGUGGCUCGCCAACGCCUCAGUGAUCAAUCCUGGAGCGAUUUACAGAUGCAAGAUUGGAAACAACCCAAACCAGACGUGUGAACAGCUCCAAUUGGGUAGUCCUCAUGGAGAGCCUUGUGGAAAAACUUGUUUGGAAGAUAGAGAUAAUCAAUGGUUGGGGGUCACGCUUUCCAGACAGCCUGGAGAAAAUGGAUCAAUUGUGACUUGUGGGCAUAGAUGGAAAAAUAUAUUUUACAUAAAAACAGAAAAUAAGCUCCCCACUGGUGUUUGCUAUGGAAUGCCCUCUGACUUACGAACAGAAUUGAGUAAAAGAAUAGCUCCUUGUUAUCAAGAUUAUGUGAAAAAAUUUGGAGAAAAUUUUGCAUCGUGUCAAGUUGGGAUAUCUAGUUUUUACACAAAGGAUUUAAUUGUGAUGGGAGCCCCAGGAUCAUCUUAUUGGACUGGCUCUCUCUUUGUCUACAAUAUAACUACAAAUAAAUAUAAGGCAUUUUUAGACAAGCAAAAUCAAGUAAAAUAUGGAAGCUAUUUAGGAUACUCAGUUGGAGCUGGUCAUUUUCAGAGUCCACACACUACAGAAGUGGUUGGAGGAGCUCCUCAACAUGAACAGAUUGGUAAAGCAUACAUAUUCAGCAUUGAGGAAAAAGAGCUAAAUAUUGUAUAUGAAAUGAAAGGUAAAAAGCUUGGAUCAUAUUUCGGAGCUUCCAUCUGUGCAGUGGACCUCAAUGCAGAUGGCCUCUCAGAUCUACUUGUGGGAGCACCCAUGCAGAGCACCAUCAGGGAAGAAGGAAGAGUUUUUGUGUACAUCAACUCUGGCGUGGGAGCAGUAAUGAAUGAAAUGGAAACAGAGCUCGUUGGAAGUGACAAAUAUGCUGCAAGAUUUGGGGAAUCUAUAGCUAAUCUUGGCGACAUUGAUAAUGAUGGUUUUGAAGAUGUUGCUAUUGGCGCUCCACAAGAAGAUGACUUGCGAGGAGCUAUUUAUAUUUACAAUGGUCGUGUGAAUGGGAUCUCCACAGCCUUCUCACAGAGAAUUGAAGGACUUCAAAUUAGUGAUUCAUUAAGUAUGUUUGGGCAGUCUAUAUCUGGACAAAUUGAUGCUGAUAAUAAUGGAUAUGUAGAUGUGGCAGUUGGUGCUUUUCAGUCCGAUUCUGCUGUGCUGCUAAGGACAAGACCUGUAGUGAUUGUGGAAGCUUCUUUAAACCACCCUGAGACAGUGAAUAGAACAAAAUUUGACUGUACUGAAAAUGGAUUGCCUUCUGUCUGCAUGGAUCUAAAGCUCUGCUUUUCAUAUAAAGGCAAAGAGGUUCCAGGUUAUAUUGUUUUGUUUUAUAACAUGAGUCUGGAUGUGAACAGGAAAGCAGAAUCUCCAUUGAGAUUUUACUUUUCUUCUAAUGGAACUUCUGACGUGAUUACAGGAAGCAUGCAAGUAUCGAGCAGAGAAGUUAACUGUAGAACACACCGAGCGUUUAUGCGGAAAGAUGUGCGGGACAUUCUCACUCCAAUUCAAAUAGAAGCUGCUUACCACCUUGGACAUCACGUCAUCAAUAAACGAAGUAUUGAGGAAUUCCAACCCCUUCAGCCAAUUCUUCAGCAGAAGAAAGAAAAAGACAUCAUUAAAAAAACGAUAAACUUUGCAAGGUUUUGUGUCCAUGAAAAUUGUUCUGCUGAUUUACAGGUGUCUGCAAAAAUUGGAUUUACAAAGCCCCAUGAAAAUAAAACCUAUCUUGCUGUGGGAAGUAUGAAAAUGUUAAUGUUGAACGUGUCCUUGUUUAAUGCUGGAGAUGAUGCCUAUGAAACCACUCUUCAUGUCAAACUACCCACAGGCCUUUACUUCAUUAAGAUGUUAGAUCUGGAAGAGAAACAAAUAAACUGUGAAGUAACAUACAACUCGGGCAUAGUGAAACUUGACUGUGAUGUUGAUUAUCUAUAUGUAGAUCGUCUAUCAAGGCUAGAUAUUAGCUUUCUCCUGGAUGCAAGCUCGCUCACCCAAGCAGAAGAUAAUCUCAGUAUCACUGUGCAGGCUGCCUGUGAAAAUGAAAAGGAAAUAGACAUUCUAAAGAAUAAUGAAGUGACUUUAACAAUACCUCUAAAGUAUGAGGUGAUGUUGACUGUUCAUGGGUUCGUUAACCCAACUUCGUUUGUUUAUGGAUCAAAUGAGGAAAACAAACCUCAAAUGUGCCUGACAGAGAAAAUUAACUUCACUUUCCAUGUUAUCAAUGCUGGUCAUAGCAUGGCUCCAAACGUUAGUAUGGAAAUAAUGAUACCAAAUUCUUUCAUUCCACGCACUGAUAAGCUGUUCAACAUCUUGGAUGUGCAGUCAACUUCUGGAGAGUGUUAUUUUAAAAAUUAUCAAAGAGAGUGUUUGCAGAAGCAGAAGAGUGCAAUGGAGACCAUGAAAGACAUAUUCACAUUCUUGUCAAAGUCUGAUAAGAGGAUAUUGUAUUGCAUGGUAGGUGAUCCACAUUGUUUGCAUUUCUUAUGCAACUUUGGGAAAAUGGAAACUGGGAAAGAAGCAAGUGUUCACAUUCAGUUAGAAGGUCGACCAUCUGUAUUAGAAAUGGAUGAGACGUCAGCACUCAAGUUUGAUAUAAGAGCCACAGCUUUUCCGGAGCCAAAUUCAAAAGUUAUUGAAUUAAAUAAAGAUGAGAAUGUUGCACAUGUUUUACUUGAAGGAUUACAUCAUCAAAGACCGAAACGUUAUUUCACUAUAGUGCUUAUUUCAAGUAGCUUAUUAAUUGGACUUAUAUUACUUUUAUUGAUUUCAUAUGUUAUGUGGAAGGCUGGCUUCUUUAAAAGACAAUACAAAGCUAUACUGCAAGAAGAAAACAGAAGAGACAGCUGGAGUUACGUGAACAGUAAAAGCAAUCAUGAGGAUUAAAGACUCCUUUCAAACUGAGAGAA